AUUUAAGGCUGACCAAUGAAUGUUCUUCACACUGAGAAGUUUUUGUGAUAUAUCUUUUUCGUUUUGUAAACAGAAACAUAUUCCAAAGACAAGACGAUAAGACAGCAGUGAGAAAAGUUCAAUCCAUUGAAUGUUCAAAGAUGACAAACACAUACGUUUCUAAUGCAUAUUCGGAUAUAGUAUUUGCGCAAGUUAAAGGUGAUGCAUUAGCUAUUGCUGGAACAAAAAGAGAGGUCGGCGGCAGCGUUAGAUUAGGGUACGUUGGCGUCGGAGGGAAGACAAAUGAAUACACUAAAUAUGAUAACAGCACGAUACUUAAGGGGUAUACUAGAAUUCCACCAGGACGUUCAAUUCCAUUCCAUCCACAUACUGCUAAAAAUAGAGUGUACGUAACUCUAACUACAGCUGAUCAUUUGAUCAUUUGCGAGAAUCAUGCAUUGAGACUGGGGCAAAACGUUAUUGUUGAUACCGAGGCAACAUUAAGAGUGGCCAAAAAAAAGUCAUUUAUUGGAAAAUUAUACGAGAAAUGGAUCGAUGAAGACGGUAAUGACUUUAAAGCAAGCGAUUCGGAUUCAGAUAGUUCAAGUAGCGACAGUAGCGACAGCGAUGAUAGCGACGACAGCGAUGAUAGCGAUGACAGCGACGAUAGUGACGAUGACGACGAUGAAAAUACUGACAAAGAAGACAAGGAGAACAAAGUGGACGAAGAGCAAAAUGCUGACAAUGACGAUAAAGCAGUGGAACCCAUAAGAUGAAAGAUUUUCUCUGUAAAUUCUAUUCACAUUAGAAGUGCUAUUUAAAAUUGACAUAUUCAUGUUUAUUUAUUCUUUGU